AUGGGCACGACCAUGCGUAAAAAGACCCAAGUAUCAUUUGUAAUCCGAGAUGAGGAAGAAAGGAGGCAUAAAAACGGUAUUAGUUCGUUGCAAUUGGAUCCAAUACAAGGCAGGCUUUAUUCGGCCGGUAGAGAUGGAAUCAUUAGGGUCUGGCAUACAGGGGGUGGGUCCCAAGAUCGAUAUAUACAGAGCAUGGAACACCAUACCGACUGGGUGAAUGAUAUAGUGCUCUGCUGCGGUGGAAAGAAUCUUAUAAGUGCCUCGUCAGAUACAACAGUUAAGGUAUGGAACGCGCCCAAAGGAUUUUGUAUGUCAACUUUACGAACUCAUAAAGAUUAUGUGCGGACCUUAGCGUAUGCGAAAGAUAAAGAACAAGUCGCUAGUGCAGGCUUAGACCGGGCGAUAUUUUUAUGGGAUGUAAAUACAUUGACAGCUUUAACGGCGAGCAAUAACACUGUAACCACAUCAUCGUUGGUCGGAAAUAAAGAAUCGAUAUACAGCCUUGCUAUGAAUCCACCUGGUACAAUUUUGGUUAGUGGUUCCACUGAAAAGGUUCUUAGAGUAUGGGAUCCAAGAAAUUGUUCUCGACUUAUGAAGCUAAAAGGUCAUGCUGAUAAUGUUAAAGCAUUAGUUGUUAGUAGGGAUGGAUCACAAUGUGUAUCGGGAAGCUCUGACGGCACUAUUAAGUUAUGGUCUCUAUCACAACAGAGAUGUGUAUCAACAAUUCGUGUACAUUCUGAAGCUGUUUGGGCUCUUUUAGCAACUGAAAAUUUCUCUCACAUAAUUUCUGGUGGUCGAGAUCGUCUAGUCAUUAUAACAGAAUUACGUAAUCCAGAUAACUUUCUGAUAGUUUGUGAAGAAACUACACCAGUCCUUAAAUUGUGUUUUACUGCUGACCAACAAGGUGUAUGGGUAGCUACAUCAGAUUCUGAUAUAAGAUGCUGGAAACUACCUCCAUUGAACUCACUAAACUCAGAUAUGUACAACCAAAAUAACUAUAACACAAACAAUGUAUAUCAAACACAGCCUAUCCACAACAUUGUAGGUGGAAGAGCAAUAAAACAUUACACAGUACUUAAUGAUAAGCGUCACAUACUAACAAAAGAUACUAAUGACAAUGUUGUUCUAUAUGAUGUAUUAAAAGCAUGUAAAGUAGAAGAUUUAGGAGAAGUCGACUAUGAAGAAGAGUUAAAGAAGCGUUUUAAAAUGGUUUAUGUGCCUAAUUGGUUCAAUGUGGAUUUGAAGACUGGAAUGUUAACAAUACAUUUAGGUCAAGAUGAAACAGAUUGUUUUAGUGCAUGGGUGAGUGCGAAGGAAGCUGGAUUGACAACAGAAAAUGAUCAAAAAGUUAAUUUUGGAGCCCUUUUAUUACAAGCAUUGUUAGAACAUUGGAAUCAUCCGAAUAGAGUGAAUGAAGCCGGACAGAAAGUUAUUGGGAAUAACUUCUUUAGUGUUCCUUUACAUACACCUUUAAUAUUCAGUGAAGUUGGAGGAAGAACUCUGUAUAGGCUUCAGGUUGGAGAUGCAGGAGGAGAAACAGAAGGCAAUCUUUUAAUGGAAACUGUUCCUUCAUGGGUAGUAGAUGUUGCAAUUGAGAUGGCUGCGCCGAAAUUGAACAAGCUACCAUUUUAUUUAUUGCCACAUUCAACUUGUCAAAGUAAACAGGAUAGACAAAAGAAGGACCGUUUAGUCGCAAACGAUUUUAUACAAUGUCGUAAAGUAGCAGAGCAUGUCGUGGAGAAGAUCGUUGGUAGUGGGGAUGUAAACGGGGCGAGUAAACAUGAGGACAAUAAUGACUCGCCAGAAGAGAGAGUUGAAUUGCUUUGUUGUGAUCAGGUUUUGGACCCUAACAUGGACCUACGUACAGUCCGACACUUUAUAUGGAAGUCCACAGUAGAAUUUACACUGCAUUACCGAGUGUUGAAACAA